AUGAAUUGUUUUGAAUUACUCGAUUCAAUUAGGAGUUAUAUUAAGAAGUGGCCAGAAAUUCAUACAGAGGCAUUUAAAUUUGGUAACUCUUCAUUUCUUGAUAGUUCAAACAGUGAAUAUUAUAAUACCCUGAAAAAGAAUUUAUGUGGAUAUUUAUAUGAUUAUUUAGAUGAGGACGAGAUUUCUGUGAUACUUUUCAACUCCUUUAAGAGGUUAGCAAAUAUAUUUUUUACAAACUUUGAAUUGGAACCGGAAAUUCAACCAGAACUUGAUAUUUCUGACUUAUUUGUAAUACUUGAGAUUAUAGACAGUGAAUUCAUAAUAUCAAACAAUACUAAUGAGUAUUGUAACUUGUAUAAAGAUCCAGUGAGUGGCAAAUAUGGACCAAAUUUGAUUGAGAGUAAAUCUAUUCGCAACUUCAACUCUAUUGCAAGGUUAAUUGAGCAUAUAAUAUCAAGGUUUAAUUCUAAGAACAUUUAUUCACUCCGAAACAGUGGAACAGUUUCAAAAGAGAGGUUCAAGGAAUUGGCUUUGAGUCGAUACAUUAGAAUGUAUGAAAUACACAAAAAAAAACCAGAAUUUGUGGUAAAUAAGAUGCAUUUAAGUCAAUUUGAAGCGGAAACUCAAAUGAAUAUUGAAAGAUCUUGGGAAGUCAUUUUAUAUUCUAAGAUUAUUGGAAUGAUUAAGACUCUUUUUUUGUUAAAUAGUAAAACUAAUGAUUCCGAAAUUAAUAAUGGAUCAUACGAACAUUCUUCCGUAAAUGAAAGGGCAUUUAUAUUAAUUGUUACCAAAUUCACUGAAACAUUAAGGAUUAUUCAGAAAUAUAAUAGGGAAAAUGAUAGAUCCGGCACAAUUUUGUUUUUACAAUUUGAAUUAUAUGAAAUAAUACGCAACCUGUAUCCUUAUAAUUUAGUAGCUUGUAUAGAUAAUAUAGAAUAUUGGAAUUACUUCCAAACCUAUCUGGAAAUGUUUACAAAUAUUCAAAUUCUAAUCAUUUUUGAAUUGAGCCAUUUACCAAAAGAUAUUGAACAAAUGAUCGAUGACGCAUAUUUUAACAGGAUGCAGGAUAUGAUGGACUAUGUGUUUAAUCGAAUUUUUAUCACUAUAAAUAGUAUAGAAUUGAAAUAUUAUUCAAGUGAGAAACAGGAAAUAAACUACUUAAGCUCGCUUUGUGCUUUAAUCGCUUACCAUUUAGAUCCAUUAUUGUUUUCUAACGAAACUAAUGGCAAUUAUUCUUUCAUAAUUAAAAUAUCUAUGGAAAUUCAUAUAAUUAAUUGGAUUAAAUUUUCGUUCUUGUGUACAAAUAAUAUACUUAAUACAUGUAAUGACUCAAUAAAAAUUGAGACAGAUUCUAUUAUACCGAAAAAUAUCUCAAAAGUUGACUUUUUCCAAGAGAAAUCAAUUAAUGGAUAUUCGAUGAUAUUUUGUGGUCUUAAAAUGCUUUAUCUACUAUUAAAUGCUACAGAUGUUUCGUUUUUUUUGCCUCUAGUUAAACAUAUAUUCAGCAAUUUACAAGUCACUUAUUGCUUACUUUUGAAGCAAAAUGAUCAAGAAUUAUCCUCUAGUAUUUUUUUUGAUGACUUUAGAAGAGCAAUGAGGCUCCUAGACGAAAUAAUAAUACUUUUUUCGCAAAGUCUUAAUAGGGAGAUUAUUCAUACUCUUUCUACUAUUGAAAGUAAUAUUGACCUACAACGCAAUAAAGCUCCUAUAGAAUUGCUAAAUAAAUUGAUAGAAAAUAGCUAUUUUGUAGUUUAA